AUGGAACCCCAAGUGAAGUUCGCAGCCGCAACAGACUUCCCACAAGACAUUGUAGCUUUGGGGAAGCUUUGUUCCGACUUGGCGACGCAGGUCAGUUCCAAAUUGUCUGAGACUGGUCACCCUCAGCCAUCAUUCGCUGCAGAUGGUCCAUCGGUCUUUCCGAUCCUUGACCAGGACUUCGAAAACAAGAGAAAUCAACUGCGUGAGGCGAGCAAGAUGCUUUACGAAUUGACAACAAACCCAGAGGAUCUGGUGACUCGCGAGCUUUGGGCUAAGGUUCAUGACAUCAACGCUUUUUCCUACAUAGUAAAAUACAAGCUAGCCGAGCAUGUUCCAAUCAACGGCAAAAUUUCGUACACUCAACUGGCACAAAAGGCCAGUACUGGUCACGGCCUGACUCGAAAAAUGCUUCGUCACCUGAUGACUCUGCGCGUCUUUGCAGAGCCCGAGCCCGAAACUGUUAAGCACACGGCAGCCUCUAAGCUUCUUCUCGACCGUGGUACUUUCUUGAACACCAAGUUCAUCUCCCACGACACGUUCCAAACGGCUGCCGUUCACCUAAAGGCUCUUGAGAAGUGGGGACACGAAACCCGGGCUCCAAACGAAACCGCCCACAACAUAGCCCACAACUCAGACAAGCCUUUCUUUGAAUGGCUUCGAGACGAACCUAAGGGGGCGCAGGACUUCGCCGAUUUGAUGGCGUAUCUAUUCAAGUCGUCCGCAAGAGGCCACACAAGUCUCCUGGAGUCUUACGACUGGAAUAAGCUGGGAAAGAUCACGAUGGUCGAUGUGGGUGGCAGCUCGGGUCAUUGCAGUAUUGCCAUAGCAAAAGUCAACCCCGAUAUGACUUUCAUCGUGCAAGAUCUCCCCAACAUUGCGGCGCAAUCUAGCGACCCGGCUACCACGAUUGUGCCGCCAGAGCUGCGGGACCGCAUUACAUUCCAGGGCCACGACAUGUUGGAAGAACAGCCGGUGCUUGCCGAUGCCUACUUCAUGCGAAUGGUCCUGCACGACUGGCCAGAUGACUUCUGCGUCAAAGCACUGGCUAACAUCGCCAAAGCCAUGGCCCGCCGACAGGGCUCGCGCCUUUACAUUGUCGAUUCCGUUCUGCCAGCCCCAAGUGAGCUACUCACCGUGCUUGAGCGUCCGAUGCGUGUUGCCGACCUGCAGAUGACUAUUAUUCAUAAUGGUAUGGAAAGGCAGCUUGAUGAGUGGGAUGCUUUAUUCCGCCGCGGACAUCAGGCUUUGGCCAUUCAACGCGUUGUUCGCAUGCCGCAGAGCCCCCAUGCUAUUAUUGAACUACAACUGGAUGAAAAGUUGCUGUGA